UCUAUUUUACACCCCCGCACGAUUGGACAUAAACAAAAAGAAAAGAUGAGCGAAAAUCUAUUACAAUUCGCUUCCUUUGAAUCCUUUGUGUCGCCCACAUUCUGGCACAAGCUGUCCGAAUUGAAGUUGGACCACGAUCGUCUAUCGGAUACCAAACGCUCCAUAUCGGGCUACUAUAUAAAUCGUAGAGCUACUGGAUGUUUACUUGAAGUGGAUUACACUGCGUACAAUAGCUCUACACAAUGCCCGAAAUUCAGUUACCCAGCAGUGGGAACCAUUUACAAUAAAAAUACCAUCGAAGAGUUCAAGGAACUUGAUAAACUGAAGCUUCUGGCCGACGAGGGCGAAGAACUCUUAAGUGAUAUAGCUAGCGACGCCAUUGCCAAAGAUCCUAGUCUCUUGGCUCGGUUCUUUAUUCUUUCAUUUGCGGAUCUAAAGAACCAUAGCUAUUACUAUUGGUUUGCCUUUCCCUGUCCCCUAAUGCCCACACUAAGCCUACAAAAUGAAGUCAUCAAGUUAAAAGAAUUAACACAGAUGACGAAAUUCAAAGAAGCUCUACUGAGUUGGCCCUCAGAGCAGCAAAAUUUCUUUCUUCUGUAUACCAACGGAAAUGAGGUGGAGGCACGCAGCUUGAGUUCUUUAAGGCCAGAGGAUGUGGACCACUAUUAUUUCUGUUUUGCAGAUCCCAGCGAGUAUGAGCAUCCAGCCUGGUUAAUGCGUAACUAUGUGGCCUAUCUUAUACAGAAAAAUCCUUCGUUUGUGGGCAAAACUCUGAAGUUUCUGGGCCUUCGGUUCAAUCAGCAAUUGGAAGUAGAUGACAGUCUAAUUUGGCAUGUUCAACAAACAGAGCCCUGUGACUGGAGUCAAAUUAAGUUUGUGGGCUGGGAAUUAAAUCAGAAAAAAAAGAUGGGUCCACGUAUGGUCAAUAUGCGAGACAGCAUGGAUUCUGCGAAAUUGGCGGAAAACUCUAUGAAUUUAAAUUUAAAGCUAAUGAAGUGGCGUUUAGUGCCGGAUUUGGACUUGGAUAAAAUUGCUCAAACUAAAUGUCUUCUUUUCGGAGCUGGAACCCUGGGCUGUGGUGUGGCCCGUAAUCUAUUGUCAUGGGGCUUUAAAACCAUCACGAUAAUGGACAGUGGCAAGGUGAGCUAUUGCAAUCCUGUGCGUCAGAGUCUGUAUACCCAUGCCGAUGCUGCAGCUGGAAACCUUAUGAAAGCCACAACUGCUGCGAAACGUUUGAAAGAGAUUAAUCCCAAUGCUGAGACUAAAGGAUAUGUUAUACAAAUACCCAUGCCAGGACAUACCAUUGGAGAAUCUCUAAUAGAGCAAACCAAGCAGGACUUGUCCUUAAUAGAGGAACAAGUGCAGGCUCAUGAUGUGAUCUUUUUGCUUACCGAUUCACGAGAGAGUCGCUGGUUACCCACUCUUCUCGGAGCAGUCCACCAGAAGAUUGUCGUUAAUUCUGCACUUGGCUUUGAUAGCUAUAUGGUGAUGAGACAUGGCAGCACCAGAUAUUCCAUGCGUGAUCACAAAUUCGAGGAUAUCGAAGGAUUAAAGUGCAUAGUGGGCAAUCAACUGGGCUGCUACUUCUGCAAUGAUGUCACAGCGCCGGGUAAUUCUCUGAAAGAUCGAACUCUGGACCAACAAUGCACUGUAACCCGGCCGGGAGUAUCCAAUAUUGCAGCCAGUUAUGCUGUUGAGCUUCUGGUUAGCCUACUCCAGCAUCCCCAGGGUGACUUGGCUGCUGCCUAUUAUGCCCAUAAUCGACAGGAAUCUGUUGGCAAGAUUCCAGAGGGCAUGUUGGGCAUUAUCCCCCAUUCCAUAAGAGGUUUGCUUUGGAACUAUGAGAACAUAUUGCCUGCCACACAAAAGUUUGCCCAGUGCAUUGCCUGUUCCGAGCCAAUACUUAGUUCCUUUAGAAAAGAAGGUCAUGCAUUUCUGUUCAAAACCUUUGAAACAGCCAAAUAUCUCGAGGACUUGACUGGCAUUUCAGAAUUCAAGAGGCUUAAUAGUGAAAUUAUAGAUUUUGAUGACGCCGAGUUUGAAAUGUCGGAUAGUGAUGAAUAGAAUCAGUCCAAAUACUACUUUAAUACUUCCACAUUUUACACCAAGAAAUAAAGGAAACGUUCUGCUUGUAUUUACAUUUAGCAUUUAAGCAUAAUCUGAAUAAAAUGAAUUCUAUGUAAA